AUGCAGCAUACGAAUGCUUCAACUCCAUCGGGUUUUGCUUCCUCAAUUCACGAUUGUUUUGCAAUUGCUGCAUCGUCGAUCAAUCGCGAUCUGCAUCAAAUUCUCGAUCGAUCUGCCUCAGUUUUCGCAAUUCCUUCAAUUCACGAUCUGCCUCAAUUGUCAUCCAUGGAGAAUUCCACACGUGAAAUUCAUCAGCAUCUCGAUGGAGUAGGAAAAACACCGACAAAUUCUGCGGUUGAAGAUGGAUCUUCAUCGACCAAUAAUGAAGAAGAUAGUAUUGGAUCAAUUCUGGAUGAUCUACAAUAUCAAGGAGGCACUCUAUUCGAUAAAGAUUCAGAUUUAGAUUCAGAGCUAGAAGGAGAAAGUAACUCUGUUGAAGUGUCAUACUUACCUGAUUGUCCAUCCCAACUGAAGCCUUACAUUGGACAGAUUUUUCUUAGACUUGAUGAUGCUACUGAGUUCUAUAAUAAGUAUGCACGACAUGUUGGGUUUGACACUCGUAAACAUGGAUCAAAAAAGAUGGGAGAUCAUGUCACAUGGUUGUAUGUUGUGUGCAGUAGAGAAGGUCAGAGGAAAAUGAAAAUGCAAGGGCAUGAGUCAAAACGUAGACGUUCUUCUAGGAAGUGUUUUUGCAAGGCUAAAAUUGCUUUUAAGUUUUGUAAAGGAAUUGGUUAUGUUGUCAAUCAAUUUGAUGAAAUACAUAAUCAUGAUAUGGUGGAGUUACGCCAUAAGCGAUUCAUGAGGCUGAAUCGCAACAUUGACCUAUUGCACCAGAAAUUUAUACUAGAUUGUGCAAGUGCAAACAUAGGCCCUACAUUGACUUUUAAGUUGCUGAAUGAGGUUCUUGGUGGGCUGGAUUAUGUUAGUUGCACGGUUGUAGAAGUUAGAAACUAUAGGCGCGACUUGAGAGCAUAUACUAGUGGGGCAGAUGCACAAAUGGUACUUAAUGAGAUGAGCCGAAAGAAAGAGAAUUGUCCAGCAUUCACCUAUGAUUUUGAGGUGAACUCUAAGGAUAGGCUCACUCAUCUUUUCUGGUGUGAUCCCAUUGCUAAGAAGAAUUUCCAUCUCUACGGUGAUAUAGUAUCGUUUGACACAACCUAUUCAACUAAUAGGUACGAACAGUACUGCAUGAUAUUUGCACCGUUCACAGGAAAAGACAACCAUGGGAGACCUUUGUUUGAACGUUUUGUCAAAUGUAUGGGUUCUGCACCAAAAUUGAUCAUUACUGAUCAGGAUUUGGGAAUGAAGGUUGUGGAAAAGUUACCAAAGAAUCUACUUAGCAAUGAAGACUUGAAAAAGGAGUUAAACAAUUGUGUGUGGUCUGAGUUGAUAGAGCCUGAAGAAUUUGAUGAAGAAUGGAAUAAAGUAAUGGAAAAAUAUGGGCUUAAGGACAAUGAGUGGUUUUCCUCGAUGUUUGCCUCACGAAAAUUUUGGGUGCCUGCAUUCUUUAGGGAUUUUCCAAUGAGUUCACUAAUAAAGACCACAUCAAUAUCUGAAUCUCAGAACAUAUUCUUCAAGAGGUACUCCAAGUCUCGUUCUAAUCUUGUUGAAUUUCUUAUGAAUUACAACAAUGCAUUGGAUCCCCAAAGGAGCAACAACAACAGGCUAGAAUACUUGGAUUUUAACACAAUUCCAACUUUGAAAACAAAUUCAGCCCUCGAGAAGCAUGCUUCGACAAUAUAUAGUGAUAGUGGUUUCAAACUAAUUCAAAGUGAGAUUGAGGAAGCAGUUGACAAUGUCACUAUGGUGACAGUGUCAAUCAUUGGUGAGAAUGAGAUUUAUAUUAGAAAACAAGAGACAAUAUUAGAAAUCAUACCCGUCUCUUUCAUGUGUUACAAGAAUCCAGUAAUAUGA